UUCGUGUUGGCGUCACGGGCUGGGGCAGCGGUCCAGCCUCCAAACGCUACCCCAGAACCACAGCAGGGGCUCAAGAAAGCGGGCCACCUGGCCUAGUGGUAUCCCGGCCAUUCCCAGGACCUUUCCAAAGUUUCCCUGCCUGAAACCGCCUUGGAGACUUGGGCAUCACGUAGUACCUCUCUUCGCAGCAUGGAGCAGGGCUGGAUCAUGAACAGAACCUGGGCUCGGGUAUCUGCCAGUAUUUGGGGGUCUUAGAAGAGACAAUUAAUAGAGCCUGCUAGCUGUCGUUUAAAGAACUCUUUAGAUCAUGGACAACCAAACAUCUCUAGAAAACAGCCACUCCCCUGCCCCCAAAGAUGACUCUAGUGCCCCCACGGCUGUCUGUUCUGAGACCCAGGCUGAGAAUACUGUCCCUGACCAUCAUUCCACCUCACAGCCUGGCACCCCCAGAGCCCAGUCUGAAUAUAUAAUCGUGCCACCUGGCUUUUCUGUGAUUGGAGCGGCUGUCAUUCCUGUCCAGCUCCAGCCAGGUGUGCCUGAAGAGCUAGCACGGAUCCCACUCUCAUCAGACUGUCCACCAGGGUUGGAAUGUUUAAAUCAGGCAGAUCAGAUUCAGAUUCAUCAGCAAAUUGCACUUACAGAAGCCAUGAUAAGCUAUGAGACCAACAACAGAUAUGAAAUCAAGAACAGCCGUGGACAGAGGAUGUACCUUGCAGUGGAGGACACUGCUGUGUGCACUCGGCUUUGCUGUGGGUCCUGCAGACCCUUCACCAUGAGGAUUCGAGAUCUCAAGGGCCAAGAAGUCAUAACUCUGAAGAGGCCACUGCGGUGUUCCAGCUGUUGUUUCCCCUGCUGCUUACAGGAGAUAGAGAUCUGUGCUCCUCCUGGUAUACCAAUAGGUUAUGUUACACAGACCUGGCACCCAUGUCUGCCAAAGUUUACAAUUCAAAAUGAAAAUAAAAAGGACGUUCUAAGAAUUAUAGGCCCAUAUUUUGCGUGCAAGUUUUGUGGAAAUAUUGAAUUUAAGAUUAAAUCUCUUGAUGGAAAAAAUGUGCUUGGCAAGAUUUCCAAGCAGUUUACUAAGAUUAUGAGAGAAAUAUUUACACACUACAGUACCUUUGGCAUCCAGUUUCCUGCGGACAUUGAUGUGAAAAUGAAAGCUGUGAUACUUGGCAUGUGUUUUCUCCUUGAUUUCAUGUUUUAUGAAAACAAUGGCUGCAUUCAACUUUUGACAGGAGGAAUAUGGUAGCAGAGUAAUGAAAGUAUCAAAAAAUGUGAUGUCUGUAUUGAUUGGGACUGUAUAAAAGAAAAACUAAUUUUUUUCUUUUGAAAGUCAUUAUGCCACAUGUGAAAUACUCUUGAUAUCUGUGGUCCCAGAGUGUGACUCCAGCUUGAAACUAUGGUCCAUUUUCUGUUUACAUGCUUAUAAAUGUUUUAUACAUUUUCUUUGAAUGUUCACUAUGUAUUUGGGAGAAAUGCAUAGGACUGUUUACCUUUAGACAUGAAACUUCUUAUGAAAAACUUUUGAGUUAUAUUCUGAUUUAUUUUACAUUUUUAUAGCAAAAUUAAUGAAAGACUUAUUAAAUGAAUUAUACUGUAAA